UCCUAAUCCUAAGAUAACUGGAGGAAGGACUAGUAGGGUGAGUGUCUCUUCACUUUCAUUUCUCUACUCCGCCAUAUCCAGCUAGGGUUAGGGUUUUGGAUUUCGGUGCUCAAAUGGAGACCUCUUUGAGAUAUGGUGGAGAUGCUAAAGCCUUAAAAAUUCAUGCGAAGGAGAAGCUACCACUCGAUUCCAAAACCCAUUUGCAGAUUCAUGGAGAGCUAGAUACUAGACUUGGAGUUCCAACUUUUGGUAGAGCUGUUGUAAGGCGCUUCUACCCAGAUUUUUCGGCAAGCCUUGGAGUUGGACUGCAGUAUGAUAGGCGCGAGAAACUACGGUACACUGUCCGAGCGAAAAAGUCCUUCCCUGUGACAACGGAUGGGCUGUUGAGCUUUAAUGUUAAAGGAAGAUGCGAUCUCGACAAAGAAUUUAAAGAGAGAAGCUCCACAGGAGCUGCUGAAUUUUCUUGGAGCAUUUUGAACUUUCAAAGGGACCAAGAUGUCAGGCUCAAACUUGGCUAUGACUUGUUGGACAAGGUCCCAUAUAUGCAGAUCAGGGAAAACAAUUGGACCCUCAAUGCCGAUGGUAAUGGUAAAUGGAAUGUGAGGUAUGAUUUGUGAGAAGGUGAAACUUGAAAUACUUCUUUUGUAGGUCAGAUGUGUUACUACGAAACAUGUUGUACUGUAUUUUACUUAUAAUUGAGAGCCAUUGUGCUAAAACUUAGUGAAAAUUGAAACUGCAACAUUUGCAGGGUCAUUCUUUAUUUUUUGCUCUUAUAUUUUUGCUA